UUUGUGUGUAUAAUUUCUUUGGGGUUAGAAUUGUCCAGAUAGAUGAGGAAUGUUUAUUUCAUGAAUUAUGAUAAUGGAACGGAAAAUUAAAUUGAAAACGUUGAAUAAUCACAUAACAUGUAAAAUUUGUAGAGGCUAUUUAAUUGACGCAACAACUGUAACAGAAUGUCUUCAUACAUUCUGCAAAAGCUGUUUGGUGAAACAUUUGGAAGAAAAUAAUACCUGUCCAACAUGUAAUAUAGUUAUUCACCAGUCUCAUCCUCUACAAUAUAUUAGUUUUGAUAGGACUAUGCAAGAUAUUGUUUAUAAAUUAGUACCAGAUUUACAAAAAGAUGAAAUUAAUCGUGAAAGGGAGUUCUAUAGGCAAAGAGGCUUACCAUGUCCAAAAGAUAUACCACAAAAUUCUGGAGAAGCGGAUGAAGACAAAACAGCGGAAAGUCAUGAAUCAGAUUAUCACAGACAAGAUGAGCAAGUGAAUGUUUGCCUUGAAUGUAAUAGCUCUAAUCUAAAGACAUUGAAAAGACGCUUUAUCAGAUGUUCAGCACAGGCUACAAUUCUACACCUGAAGAAAUUUGUUGCUAAGAAAGUAUUGAAUGGAAUGGAAAAAUACAGAGAUAUUGAUAUCUUAUGUAAUGACGAGCUAUUAGGGAAAGAUCAUACUUUGAAAUUUGUUUAUGUGACAAGGUGGCGUUUUCAAAAUCCUCCAUUAACAUUACAAUACCGACCUAGGAUUGAUAUCUGAAGACAAUUUGGAAACGGCUUAGUCUUUACCUUAAAUUAUAAAAUUUUAUACGUACCUUUCAAGCUGUUUCCUGAACCUCCGUUUUCGAUAUAAUUUCUAGGAAUUGAAACUAGGAAUAUUAUGUUUGAAAUGAUUUCUAAGUAAUUAUUCAUGAGGGCCGCUCAUAGGUAGCAAUUGUUUUUUUCAUAAUUGAAAAAAUCAUACAGUCAAAUUUAGCGGUAUUAAUUUGAAUAUGAUUCAUUUUCAAAGUUCUCCAUUUGGCAUCCAAAUUUAAUAAUUGGAAAAUCCGUUGCCACCUAUGAAGUGGCUCGUUUCAUUGAUGAUGCAAUAUGCAAUAUUUUUGUGAUAAAAUUUUAGGAAGUAUUGAUUUAAUAUAUCUAAUUUAUUCUAUCUUGUAAUGAGCAAUGUCCAUAUUUCAAGCAUAAUAUUUGGGGUCAUGGAUCAAAUUUGACUGCUACUAAUAUAUUAAAUAAAAAGUGGAACAAAAAGCACUUUUUGAUGAAAUUUCUUCAACAUAAUAUAUCUAUGCGCUUUUUGAGUGAAAAACAUGGGAGAUUAGCUCAGUGAAAUAUUUUUCCACAUAGCGAAAUUAAUGAUACUUUUACCUGCACUAAAUUUGUGCACCUCUUUUUAUUGAUUGUGUAUGCAGUCAAAAUGCUUGUACAUUUCAUAAAAUAUUUGAUGCAUGACUUUCUGGACAUUUCUAAAUGAUUCAUUUCAAUCUUGCUAUGAACAAAAAGUACAAAUUGUAUAACCAUAUAUUUUUUAUUGACAUACGAGUACAUAUUCUUACUACUUCUUUACGUUAGAGUUCAUUUUACAGUUCCAACAUUAUUUUCUCAGAAAGAAAAAAUCUCAUGAAUUUUUAAGUUAUUGAUAAAUAACAGAAUUUGAUGGGCAUUAUCAGGGAAUAUUCAUUUUCAUCAUCAGUAGGUUGCAAUAUUUCAUGCUUUGUAUAUGCAUGUUUCAUUACAUGUAUAAUAAUGAAUUUUUUAAAAAGUAAAAUUUUCAAUCCUAUUCAAAGAAGCAAUUAUAUAUCUUCAAUUUCUGAAAUUCUUAAUAAUUUGAGGUUGUGCUUGAUCACGUUUUUACAUGUUUCAAUAAAUAGAUAUAAGUUACGUAAAGAUUUGGCCCAUUUAAAAAAUAAUGUGAUUUUAUAUUAAACACUUUUAACGUCGUGACUUCCAACAGCAAGCUGAUAUAAAAUUGAUAAGCAUAAUUCAAUAUCCCUUUUUCUUGUGGUUGGAACUGUAUUUUUUCAUUCAAUACUGUGGUUUCAUUGCAUUGAUCUCAAAAGGAACUGGAAUGGCCUCUUAGGUACCGAAAUACGAAGAAAAGUGUGUCC